GUAGGACGGUGCUGUUUAGAUGUAAUAAGGUUUCGCUUGCUUUUUUAUUAUUUUAUAUUGAAAUGAAAAAUAAUUAAAAUAGUACUAUGGGUGUCAUAUACUGUGCGUGAAAUUAAUACAGUGUUUUCUUAUUAUCAAGUUAUUUGGACUUAAGUUUUAAUCAUGUUCGCGAAUCUUAUUUUUAAUUGGCGAUGCUGGUGCUUGAUAGUAUGUUCAAUAUCGUUGUCAGCAGCAUAUCGUAAUCCGUAUUUCCGUCGAUCACCAAACAUCCUUUUCUUUAUGGUCGACGAUAUGGGAUGGCGGGAUUUAUCAUUGCACGGCUCGAAUCAGAUACUUACGCCGAACCUCGACCGUAUGGCUUACCAGAGCGUAGUACUGCAGAGUUACUAUAGCGAAGCCAUAUGCACGCCUGCGCGCACUGCCCUACUCACAGGAGUCUAUCCUAGUAAACUCGGAAUGCACGGCAUGCCGUUGUAUAACUCCGAAGAUAGAGGCAUUCCGCUGACGGAGAGGCUUUUGCCCUCCUACCUGAAGGAGCUGGGCUAUGCGACGCAUUUGGUUGGAAAAUGGCAUGUGGGUAUGUCGAAAAAAGAAUAUCUACCCACGUCUAGAGGAUAUGAUUCUCACUACGGAAUGAGAGGCGGAUUCAUCGAUUAUUACACUUACAAUAAAGUAGAAACUUGGCCUAACGGACGUUUACUGUUUGGCUUAGAUCUUUUUAACAACGACAAACCGCAGGAGGAAGAGCAACGUUAUAUCGUAGAUGCACUCACAGACAGGGCUGUUAACGUGAUCAGACGGCACAACUCAUCGAGUCCACUAUUCCUUCACAUCACACACAAUGCACCACACGCUGGCAAUGGAGGCGGCGCUCUCCAGCCCCCCUUGUAUUCCUCAAUCAAACAUAGACACAUUGCUAAUUCCGAUCGGCGUCUAUAUGCAGAAAUAGUCUCACACAUUGAUCAAAGUUUUGGAGAAGUAGUGAGAGCUCUUUCAGAAAACGGUAUGCUAGAGGAUACCAUUAUUAUAUUCGCAUCAGAUAAUGGCGCCCCAACUAUAGGAGAAUUUUCGAAUUGGGGCAUUAAUUUACCUUUUAGAGGAAAGAAAAAUACUCCUUGGGAAGGAGCAGUGAGAGUGCCAGCUUUCAUUUGGCAUUCGUCGUUCACACCUACGGUAUGGAAUGGUCUUAUGCAUAUAACAGAUUGGCUUCCCACUUUACUGGCAGCAGCUGGAGGAAAAGUCGAUAAAAAGAUUGACGGCGUCAACCAAUGGGAAUCGAUCAUUCGAAAUUCAAAUUCUCAAAGAAAUGAGGUCUUAAUAGCCGUCGAAGACAGUAGUAGAAAUAUCUACGGUGCAUAUAGAUCAGGAGAUUACAAAAUUGUUAUUGGUAACGUAACUGGCGUAAGUAACGACUAUUAUGGAGAAGAGUUUUUAGCUAUUAAAGGAAAAGAGCCAGAAUAUUUACCAAGUUUAAGAUCUUGCGUAGUUUCAAGAAUAUUUGAUAGAAUGGGAAUAUAUAGACAAAAGGAGGAUAUAUUGGCAAUGAGAAGAGCUGCUACAAUAAAGGCACAGGGUCCGUUUACAAACGUAACUUUGUGCAUACCGACGCUGACCCGAGGAUGCCUUUACAAUGUUCGAGAAGAUCCAGGUGAAAGGAAUGAUUUAUGGCAGAGGGAAAACAGCAUCGCUACAAGACUGAUCAACAGGCUGAGAGAACUUUGGGCGAUGCAGCUGAGAAGGGGCCCGCCCGCUUUGAGUGCAGCCUCUGAUCCAGCUAAUUUUAAUUAUAUUUGGAUGCCGUGGAUUAAAAGUAACUGUACAACUGUAGCAACAACAUCCGAUUAUUCUAAUAAAAAUACUAUUUCUUAUAUAAGUUUAGAUGACGGGAAAAGAACUGAAGUUAAAAAUUUAACACUUUCAGCAGUAGUAAAUUGCGAGGGUACAACUAUACUUAAAAACUUUUUCUGUAUCUUAAGAAGUGUUUUCUAGUUCAAUUAUUUUAAGUUUUUGUUGAUUAGUACUGUAU